AUGUCGAAGAACAACACCCUGAACCCGGUUGCAUAUACAUAUGGCGCCCCCAACACCGGGUCGACCGCCCACUCCAUCCCGGUGCCGGAGCCGAUCUCAGCGGUCCAGCAUCACAUGGCCGGGCUCCAGGUGACGGUAUUCGGGCUGAACGAACUGCCCUCAUCGGCCACCGAAGUCGCUGUUCUCUGGCUUCUCCACCCGCGGCUACAGUCACAAGCGUGCAUGGCGCCGUUCGCGGCGCACCUCAUCACGGAAUGGAACCAACGACGAUCUACGCGGCAGCACCAUGCGAAAGGGGAAGGGGCCGGAAAGGGCUUGAUAGCAGUCAGCUUCGACCAGCGCAACCAUGGGACGCGGCUAGUCAGCGCGACAGCCAACGAAGCCUGGCGCAGUGGCAACGAGCAGCACGCGCUCGACAUGUUCAGCUGCUAUGCCGGCACCGCGGCCGACACGUCCCUCUUGCUCGACUACCUGGCGGGCUACGUGUUUCCCAACAACGAGCGGCGCAUCGUGCAGAACCUGGUCCUGGGAGUCAGUUUGGGCGGCCAUGCCGCCUGGCACUGUGUGAUGCACGACCCGCGCAUCAGCGCCGCCAUCGUCACCAUCGGCUGCCCGGACUAUGCCCGCCUCAUGAGCGAUCGCGCCAGGCUGAGCAAGCGCCAGUCCUGGCUGCACGCGCACGGCCGAGACUUCUUCGGCUCGGCCGACUUCCCUCCCGCGCUGGUCGACGCCGUCCAGAAAUCUGACCCUGCUGGCCUGCUCUGGUAUUCCCGCGACGGCCUCAACAGGCAGCCGGGCCAGGAACACUUGUCCGACGAAAUCACCCCCGAGGAAAAGGAGAGGCUGAUGCCGCUCAUGGCUCGCUGUCUCGCCAACAAGCGUAUCCUCAACCUCUCCGGCGGCAGCGAUAAGCUAGUCAAUUACGCCCACAGCAAACCCUUCCUAGACUGGUUGAAAAAUUCUAUCGGCAAGGGAGGUUGGUUCGAGGGCGCCGGCCUCUAUCUGGAAGACAUUGUAUACCCGGGUGUUGGUCAUGACGUGCCGCCGACCAUGGUGACAGCCAUGGUCAAGUUUGUCAACGAGACGCUCGAAAAUGAAAAUGAACAAGUCUCCACGCAGGGGAAGCUAGGAAGUAAGAUAUAA